AUGGACGUGACUUUCAUGAGGGAGAAUGGAGAAUCUUUCACAAUGGAAGUUGGAUUCUUUGACACAUUCUUGGAAGUGAAAAAGAAGAUAGAAAAAUACCAUAACAUUCCCAUUUCAAAGCAAUUAUUGUUCUUCAAUAACCAACUUUUCAAAGAUGAUGAAAUCAUACUACAAACCGAUCUCACUAUCACUUCAACCAUUCACCUCAAAGAUCACCAACAAGUUUCAAAUGCUUACGUCUCAAUGCCAAACAAUGCAACAGCGCCUCUGCAGCCAGAGAAUGCACCGGUAACAGUGCCGGUGAUGCCAACAUUGUCAAAGAAAUUGAGUUUGAAUGUGGUUCCAAUGGCUAUUAGAGGGAAAGGUGCUUUCUUGGUUAAAGAAAUAGAAUCUUGUGCUAAAGUGAGUGAGUUAAAGAAGUUUCUUGAGGGUUCCAACAUGUACAGCAAUGUUAUUCCUGAAGAUCGGUGUUAUUUUUUCAUUCAUAAACAGAGUGUUAUGUAUGAAGAUCAGUCGUUUGAGUGGCACGGCGUCAAGGAGGACGACACCAUUGAACUCUUUGAUGGACAGGUUCUUGAUUGA